AAUGAGAGUUCCAGUGUGUUAUCAACAUGGCGGAAGACGGGAAGCUAGAAUCACUGAAUAACAUAAACAGACAUUAUUUGGGCUUCCUUCUUGAUUAAUGUUUUGAAAUUAUAUUAUAAAAAGUAAAGGUAUACACGAAUGCUUGUAGCUGUAGGCUUCAGACGCCUUGAAAAUGUCUUCAGAUCCCAAUGUAGAGAAGGCUAUUCGCGAGGCAACAAAUUCUUGCACAACCAACCAAUCUAUGAUAGACUUCACUUCUCAGCAUCUGCAAGAACUGAGAACGCAGUGUGCAUCUACUGACAAAAUAACACAGAAGGAAAUCAAAGAUGCUGAGAGUAAAAUUAUUCGGAUGGUGGGAACACAGCUGGUGGCUAAAGAAAAGCUGAAACAGUUGAAUGUUUCAACAGAAACUUUGAAAGAAUAUCCUAAGUUGGAAUUAUGGCUUAAAAUUGUUGGAAUCCCCAAUGAUGCUAUCAAGGCCAUCUUGGAUGAAGGUCUUAGUUUCUGUGAUCUUAUGAAUAAAUCUGAGUCUGAUUUAAGUGAACUCUUGAAAAAGUAUGACUGCUCUGAACAUGAGAUCAAGACCUUGUUGACAGCUUACAGACAUUUACAGAAAUUUACAGAACUUCUCUCCAAGGGCAAACCAACCACUGACAUAGAGUGGCACUUCACUGAUCUGGCAUAUCUGCAAGCAGCGUCUGUGAUGGUUACCUCUGCUUCUCGUUCAGCUACUAAUAGCCCUGCAGCUGGAAACUCUCCCAAACAUCAGCAGCGGACCACUGCUUCUACUCCCUCUACCUACUCUGUGUUUGACCCACAUGGUGGAAGAAAUGAACAUGGGGUAGGCCGAAAGAGGCCCCCGCCUCUUACGGAUAUGCAACCCCCACGGAGCACCCCCUCCUCUCCCCUCCCCUCUCCUCAGAACUACAGUGCAUCGCCGCCUCCUCAUCGUUCCAAGUCAGUCAGUAGCAGUAGUCCUGCCGUGAAAUACCCCAGCACCCCUCCCCCACAAAAAACUCAUUAUUUAUACCCAGAUUCCACGCUAUAUAAUAAUCCAUUGUCGAAGAGUAAAAGUCAUGAAUCCCAGCUGGCUAAUAAAGUUGUGGACAUUGAUCCUGUCAAGAACAAGAAGAACAAGCCUCAUAACAUCAAGUUAAGUGGGAGCCAUGAAGCAUUGUUUAGGAGACGUCUUUCUACAGAUGGCUCAGAAGCAGGAAGCUACAUGCCGUCAGGUCACACUUCACCCGUCAAUUCAUCCCCGAUCCGCUCCCCACCCUACAAGCAUGAUCCAAGCUCUGUGAUAUCCGAAGAUCAGACCAAGUACUCCAAUACUUUGGUUGUUCCCAAGUCACCCAAGACUCCAGCGAAAAUCUAUCAUCAGAUUACACACAGGUUUGCAAACACAUUUAAGAUCACGACUUGUGACUACUGCCACAAGCAGAUGAUACUGGGCUACAAAUGUAGAAGCUGCAAGAAAAAGUUCCACAAAGAUUGUGCCCAGAGGGCUCCUGCUACCUGUGGUCUGUCUGACGCUGCUGUUGAUGCACUGCUGGACUGGCAAGACUCUCCAAUGUCUCAUCGCAAUUUGUACAAGCCUAGUUUAUAUUCUAACCACUUGGCUGACUAUGACACCCUGAAACCAGUGGCUUCAAUGCCCAGCAUACCUGGUGGGCCUCUGCCUGAUUCUGGCUCCAACACGUCUUCAUGUAACUCCUCGUCACCCUCAUCCCCUGCCAACCACCAGACAUCAUCAGACACCAUCACCUCGCCCUCCCCUGUCCCAUCCUAUAACCCUGUGCAGUUUAGUUUCCCAGAUGUAGCCUCGACAUUACCAGCAGACUUUGGUCAGACAGUCAGCACAGACUCCCCUGAGAGAGAUGUUGUGAGUAGCAAUACCUCCAAUGAUAGUGAUAAAACUUUAAUAGAUAGUAAUGCUUCAGAACGUACUCUGCCGGACAGAGUGGAUUCUGUAGACAGCCAGGAUGAAAAUUUCAGUUGGAACCGCCAGAAUAGUCUGGCAGCCACAAUGAAAGAAUGGGAUAUCCCAUACGAAGACCUGAAAAUAGGUGAUAGGAUUGGUGAAGGCAGACUUGGAACUGUAUUUAGAGGUCUGUGGCAUGGGGAUGUAGCAAUAAAGGUGUUGGACACUGGGAGCAGUACAGACAAUGAAGCUCAGUUGGCGGCUUUCAGACUAGAGUUGGCUGUUUUAAGAAAGACCCGCCAUGAAAAUUUAGUAUUAUUUAUGGGUGCCUGCAUGAAGCCACCCAAAUUAGCCAUUGUCACCAGCUUUUGUAAAGGUGAGACCUUGUAUACCAUGCUCCACUUGAACAAGAGCAUAUUUAAGAUCAGUAAAGCUAUCAUCAUAGCCUCACAGAUUGCACAGGGCAUGAGUUACCUGCAUGCAAGGAGCAUCAUUCACAAAGAUUUAAGGACAAAAAAUAUUUUCAUGGAUUGUGGGAAAGUUGUCAUCACUGACUUUGGGUUAUUUCAUGUGACUAAACUAUGUCGGGGUUCAAAGAAAGAUAACUGGCUAAGUGUCCCAAAAGGUUGGUUGUGCUACUUGGCCCCUGAGUUAAUACGAUCUCUCCGAGCUAUGCAGCAGUCCCAGUCUGACUUGCCUUUUACAAAGAUGUCAGACCUCUACGCUUUUGGGACUGUAUGGUUUGAAUUGCUAUGCAAUGAUUGGCCCUUUCGUAGUCAACCUUGUGAGACUGUGAUUUGGCAAGUGGGCAAGGGUAUUAAGCAAUCCCUCAGUUCUGUAACAGCCCCUAGAGAAGUCAAGGAAAUUCUCAUGUCUUGCUGGACUUUCCGAGCAGAAGACAGGCCUGACUUUGCCCAGAUAACUAAAGCUUUAGGACGCAUCCCUCAGACACGGCUCAUCAGAAGCCCUUCACAUCCUUGUCAACUUAGUCGAUCGACAGAUGCCUUGGUCUACUCGUGACCAUUACAUCAAAAUGUGUUAAUUAGUAAUCUGCAGUUAAUUAGUAAGAGCCAGCUGAAUCUGCAGUUAAUUAGUAAGAGCCGCCUGAAUCUGCAGCUUGCAAUGAGUAAAUUUGUUGUAUAAUAAUUCAAGUGUGUACAUCCUGUCUUUGAUCAGAGUGCACAAGGAUAAGAGGCUGAGAUCUCCGAUGAACAGUUUUGUGAAGCUAGCUAGUGACUUCUGUUUCCAGGAUACAGACACUGGAGCACACAGAAUGUGAUGUUAGGAUUUAGAAUAUUAACAGAUUGGACUCUACUACUGUUUUUACAGCAAAAGGAAGUUAACCAAAAAAAAAUAUUCAGACGGAUAUCGGACAGUUUUCCAUUCAAAACUGUUCACUUUGAUCUUGUAAUAGAAAGUGUUUUCUUUGAAAUGAACAUUGUGUUUUUCCCUUAAAUGUACUUAGCUUAUUGUUGUGCUAAACCUCCAAUCGAUAUAUAUUAUAGAUAUAUUCUACAUAUUUAUGGUUCUCCUGGUGACCUACACGCAGUGUGCAAGGCACCAGAUACUGUGAUAGUCGGUCCUAUAGCAUGUAGAAGUCCCCAUUCAGUGUGCUUCUCCCUCCCCGAGCUCAUUCCUCAUUUGCCUCCCUUAUUGCCUCCCUUUACUCCGCAUAUGGAACACAUCGCAGUUCUGAAUGAUCCGAACAGUCUCUGAUAGCUGCCAGACGUAGAGGUCACAGACUUAAGAGAAAACAAAACAUCUUGUUGGACAUGUUUAAUUCAUAUAAGGUUCAGAUGGCGUUUUUCUUUCAAUGAUGAUUGCAUUCUUCUUGUGAUUAUUGAAAACUUUUAAAUUCUAAAAAUUUUAAAUUGUGUUUUUUUUUUGUUUUUUUUUUUUAUCAUUGACAUUCUUGUGUUAUGUUUUUAACCAUCAUUCGUUGGAACAUCAGACAUUAGAUUCUGUCAUUAGUUUUUUUUGUGCAUUGUGCAAGAGUAUAAUAGAGUUAGGCAAACCCAUUGGACUUUCACAAGAUUUUGUUUUAUAUUAUAAAUAUAUAUAUAGUCUAGGUGUUUGUGGGAUCUAAGUGUGUUUGUUUGGAUAGAAUUUCAAGUUUUAUUUGCAUGUCUCCUAAGGUUGUAUGUCCCAUGCCUUCAUGGACUUCAGCAUUUGUUCUAUGUGCCUCUGUCACAAUAGAUAAUUGAACAAAGCAGUAGAAUGUCCAUUUUUCUUUCUAUUUAGUUUUUUGUAUCUGAUAAAAAACAAGUUUUUUUUUUCUAUUUCUUUGUAUCUGUUAAAACCAAGUUUUCUUUCUAUCUUGUUCUUUGUAUCUGAUAAAAACCAGUUUUCUUUCUAUCUGGUUCUUUGAAUGUUAAAAAAAAAUUCUUUCUAUCUAGUUCUUUGUAUCUGAUAAAAAACAGUUUUCUUUCUAUCUGGUUCUUUGAAUGUUAAAAAAAAUUCUUUCUAUCUAGUUCUUUGUAUCUGAUAAAAACCAGUUUUCUUUCUAUCUGGUUCUUUGAAUGUUAAAAAAAAUUCUUUCUAUCUAGUUCUUUGUAUCUGAUAAAAACCAAGUUUUCUUCUAAUGGGAUUUCAGAAAGUAGGAAAAUGUGAGCUUGCUGCCUCCAGAAAUUCAAGUUUGUCUCCAGACACUACAGUCCUUAAAUGGGCAAACAAAUUCAUUAUGCUCACCACUUGCUAUUAAGGUGAUAUGAGAUUGUGGACUUCUGGUAAUGCCUAAGAAAUCUUUCAUCACCAACUCCAUCCUAUUUGUCCCCGAGAAGUUGUUUUACUCUGCUGUUGUAUAGAAUGCACAAACUCUCAUUUGAAAUAGUCCAUCACCAAAUUAUGCAUAUUUUGCCUGGCACAACCUUUCAAAGCAGUUACAAAAAGCCCAGACUCCCUUUACAGUGUUGACCAGAUUGACAUGCAGGUAGCAUUCCUUAUGAGGGAGCUACUCCAACAGAGAGAUGCCUGUUGUUUUGUUUUGCACAUUGUUUUGUAUUUUCUUAAAAAAAAAAAAAAGAGGAACACCUCCAUUCAUGAAGGAUGUUUUUGUCUAUAAUUAGCAUUUUUAAGUGUACCACUACUAAUUCUUUUUUUGACCUGACUAAUUUAGACAGGUUUUUCUAUGCACCUGAAAGAGCUAAAAGUCCAUUGAUUAGAAAACAAAAAUGUUUUUGUGCUUCCAUUAAGAAGGAUAGAUAUUCUGAAAAGUUGUCAUUGCAAUGCAUUGCAAACUGGGCUGCACAUGAAACUUGUGUGUUAUAGACCAAAUUCUGUCAACACCUAACUAGCUACUCUUUUUUUUUUCUGAUAUGAGGGAGUUGCUUUUUGUGCAUAAUGUUCCUCCUUCUUUUUGAGCUUUUCAGCCCUUCCUCUACUGUAAAGGGGAGAUCCUUGUAAACAUGCCUCUUCCCUCUACUGUAAAGGGGAGAUCCUUGUAAACAUGCCUCUUCCCUCUACUGUAAAGGGGAGAUCCUUGUAAACAUGCCUCUUCCCUCUACUGUAAAGGGGAGAUCCUUGUAAACAUGCCUCUUCCCUCUACUGUAAAGGGGAGAUCCUUGUAAACAUGCCUCUUCCCUCAACUGUAAAGGGGAGAUCCUUGAAAACAUGCCUCUUCCCUCUACUGUAAAGGGGAGAUCCUUGUAAACUUGCUCCUUUCUUCUACUCCUAAGGGAAAUCCUUGCACACGUUGCCCAUGAGUUAAACAAAUUAUUUAUUAACCCUUUCAAGCCUUCUCCAACUUGAAUGAUUGUGUGUCAGUGUUGUCUGCAUAUAUACUUUUCCUAAGCAGCCUUGGUUGUUGUACAAGACAGUAAUCUUUGGAUUGUUUUGCGUCACAGUUGAAACUCAUAACCUUUACUUGCAUAAUCAGUUUGUCUUUGAAAUUCAUUCAUUUGAAAAAUUAUUUUUUUUUUUCUUUAAAACAAAAGAAAUUGUUGACUUUAUUUCCUGUUGGUCAGCUUCUUUGUCAAGCUUUCUUGUGCCUGGAUGGACCUUGUCCAUAGCGCAUCUGUGACUUCCACAAAAGCUGUGCAUCUUAGCUGAUAUGUGUUCAACUGAUUUGUGUGUAAAUGUUUAGCUGGGCUUGCAGACUAAUUGACAGAGGGACCUGGGUGCUUGCCAUGGGAUAAAAGAUGUUUUCAAGUCAGUGAACUUAGUAGCAUUAUUUUAUUCCUUGAUUCCUUAUGCAUUUGUUGAAUACAAAGUAGUUUUAGUGUUAAAUAAUGAGCUUUUUUCCCUUUGUGUAAAUGGGCUUAUUCCCACUGUCCCUUUGCUGUUCUGUAUCAUUGGGGCAUACAUGAAAAAAAAAAUUCUUAUGAAUUUCACAAUGCAGUUUAAAAUUGUGCUUAUCAUUGCAAAUAUAAAUUGUAUAUUUUCAGACAAACUUUGUUUGUUUGUUUUAGUACUUGAUCUAUUCAUUCAAGUCAAAUGUUGACCAAAUUUGGUUGUAGUUCUGACCAGAUACCUUGAAGGUGACAUGUCAGUCAUGAUUGCUAGGUAAUGAGCCACCUGGAAACUUGUAACUAAUUGACUCAUCUCAGAAUAAUUCAAAUCACCAUGCUGUAUAAAACUUGUGUUCAUUAGGUGGAUGAUUGCAAGGACUCAAUAGACUGCUCGACCUGUUGUGAAUGUGUAUGGACAUGCUGUAUGUCAACCUGAUUUUAUUGUCCUUUAGGCUUAUCUCUCUUAAUGUUCUACAGCUGUGUUGGAAGUGUGCUACAUCUUGUAUUGUGCUGUACAGCUGUGUUGGAAAUGUGCUACAUCAUGUCUUGUGUUAUAAAGCUGUGUUGGAAGUGUGCUACAUCAUGUCUUGUGUGUACAGCUCUAUUGGAAGUGUGCUACAUCAUGUCUUGUGUGUACAGCUCUAUUGGAAGUGUGCUACAUCAUGUCUUGUGUGUACAGCUCUAUUGGAAGUGUGCUACAUCAUGUCUUGCGUGUACAGCUCUAUUGGAAGUGUGCUACAUCAUGUCUUGUGUGUACAGCUCUAUUGGAAGUGUGCCACAUCUUGUGUUGGAAGUGUGCUACAUCAUGUCUUGUGUGUACAGCUCUAUUGGAAGUGUGCUACAUCAUGUCUUGUGUGUACAGCUCUAUUGGAAGUGUGCCACAUCUUGUGUUGGAAGUGUGCUACAUCAUGUCUUGUGUGUACAGCUCUAUUGGAAGUGUGCCACAUCUUGUGUUGGAAGUGUGCUACAUCAUGUCUUGUGUGUACAGCUCUAUUGGAAGUGUGCCACAUCUUGUCUUGGAAAUGUGCUACAUCAUGUCUUGUGUGUACAGCUCUAUUGGAAGUGUGCUACAUCAUGUCUUGUGUGUACAGCUCUAUUGGAAGUGUGCUACAUCGUGUCUUGUGUGUACAGCUCUAUUGGAAGUGUGCUACAUCAUGUCUUGUGUGUACAGCUCUAUUGGAAGUGUGCUACAUCAUGUCUUGUGUGUACAGCUCUAUUAGAAGUGUGCUACAUCAUGUCUUGUGUGUACAGCUCUAUUGGAAGUGUGCUACAUCAUGUCUUGUGUUGGAAGUGUGCUGCAUCAUGUCUUGUGCUGUAAAGCUGUGUUGGAAGUGUGCUACAUCAUGUCUUGUGUGUGCAGCUCUAUUGGAAGUGUGCUACAUCAUGUCUUGUGUGUGCAGCUCUAUUGGAAGUGUGCUACAUCAUGUCUUGUGCUGUAAAGCUGUGUUGGAAGUGUGCUACAUCAUGUCCUAUGCUGUACAGCUGUGUUGGAAGUGUGCUACAUCAUGUCUUGUGUGUACAGCUCUAUUGGAAGUGUGCUACAUCAUGUCUUGUGUGUACAGCUCUAUUGGAAGUGUGCUACAUCAUGUCUUGUGUGUGCAGCUCUAUUGGAAGUGUGCUACAUCAUGUCUUGUGCUGUAAAGCUGUGUUGGAAGUGUGCUACAUCAUGUCUUGUGUUUUCUUUAAUUGUACAAAUCUAAAGAUGGUUGUAGCACAAGAGUCGAGAAAUUAUUUAAAAACAAUUAAACUUGCAUAAAAUAAU